GCCGUCUCGACAUCAAAUUCAACGACGAAUUCAACAAGCCCAUGGAAAGAGUUGAGCACUGCUUGUAUCGACGAUCCCUUCUUUCUUCUUUUUAAAAAUAUUUCUUAUAGCAGACGCGAAAAUGUCCUGGCGAGAGACUGAAAAAAUCGCACUCCUAUCGGUAGAAGUGCUUGAUAAUGAGCGAUAAGAAUCGAUAAUCUUUUUUCGUUCUCCGAACGAUAUACUAAGUGGCUCGUUUCGAUGGACCUCUACGAAUAUGACGGAAAUUACGAGCGCUAGGAAAAUAUUAUAUAUAUUUCGAAUGAAAAUAUCUAUCUUUCGAAUGAAAACAAUUUGAACGAGGGAACAUUUUUUCAAUAUUUUUUCACAAUACUAAAGAUUUCGAUAAACUUGGCUUCAAUACAAUGUAUACUCAAACUCGGAUACCCUAUAUAUACGAUCGAAACGAGAUUUGUACUUUUUUUGUCAUUUUCGAAUUAUGAAUUAUGAUAUAUGCAUUAUCAAGAACCGAUAUAUUUUAUAAAUCGUGUUCUAUGCGUACAUAAAAAACCAGGAUUGGCAAAAAGAAAGACAAUAUUAAGGAAUGUAAGUGGCGAUUUUAGACCAGGUGAACUCACGGCUAUUAUGGGAGCAUCGGGCGCUGGAAAAACUACACUCAUGGAUAUCUUGGCAGGUUUUAUUACGUCGUCCUUCGAGGGAAAUGUGAUCGUGAAUGACACCGAAAGGAACCUCGUCAAAUUUAGGCGUUCGUCGGCAUACAUUAUGCAGGACGACAAUAUCCAGCCUCUUUUCACAGUGGAGGAAGCUAUGCUUGUUGCAGCCGAUCUCAAGCUUACCUUGAAGCCUCGCGAAAGAUUGCGCAGGAUCGAGGAAAUUUUGUCUGUGAUGGGAUUGAAAGAAACGCGGUACACUCGCAUUGGUGACCUUAGCGGAGGACAGAAAAAAAGAUUGGCCAUUUCUUUAGAAUUAAUUAAUAAUCCGCCCAUUAUAUUCCUCGACGAGCCGACGAGCGGACUGGACAGCGUCACGUCGAAACAAUGCAUCAGAUUUUUAAAACGAUUAGCAUUAGAAGGACGAACCAUAAUCUGUACGAUACACCAGCCUAGUGCAUCGCUCUUCAAUAUGAUAGAUCAUCUUUAUAUAGUCGCAGAAGGAUAUUGCGUUUACACCGGUGGAACGCGUAAUUUGGUGCCAUAUUUGAGCAGUCUUGGUUUACGUUGUCCAACACAUUACAAUCCUGCGGAUUUUAUAAUAGAAAUAUGUAACGGUGAUUAUGGCGAUUAUCUUUUGAAAUUGGUCGAAACAAUUCAGAAUGGGAAAAGCAAUGCUUGGAGGUCGUCGGAGAACAUAAGUUCGAACAAAGCCAAGGAGAUAAUCGUCACGCACAUGUCAGCUUCCUCGAGAGUGUUAGAACAGAGUAAUAUACGUGUGCCUUCCUUUGAAGUAGAGUACAAACAUACAACGUAUUAUGCGACAGGAUUUUGGAAACAGUUUCAUGUUCUUCUUAGAAGGAAUGCUAUUAAAUUAUUGCGCGACAAGAUAUUGAUCCUCACACGGAUAUCGAUGCAUCUCUUUAUUGCGCUGAUCGUCGGUGCAAUAUUUUUCAGGAUCGGACAAGACGCCACUUACGUCUUAGAUAAUUUUAAUUUACUUUUCUUUAAUCUGAUGUUUCUAAUGUUCAGUGCCUUCAGCUCGACGCUCAUCACACUACCUUUGGAGUUGCCGAUACUUAUGCGAGAACAUUUCAAUCGUUGGUAUAAGCUUCGAUCGUUCUAUCUGGCAAACAAAUUCGCCGAUUUUCCAAUACAACUCACGGCAACGUGCAUAUACACACUAAUAGUAUAUUUCAUGAGCAAUCAAAUUUUGGAAACAAAAAGAUUAAUUCUUUACGUGUUGAUGUGCUUCGUCGUUACCUUGGUAGCUCAAGCGAUCGGUUUCAUCAUCGGUGCAGGAUUAACGGUACAGAACGGAGUGAUCUUUGGACCGCUUAUAAUCCUACCAUUUACAAUAUUCAGCGGAUUUUUUGUACACCUUACUGAUGCACAUCCUUAUCUGCAUUGGUUGUUUCAUAUAUCUUUUCUCAAAUAUGGUUUUGAAGGAACAAUGAUGACAAUUUAUGGGUACGAUAGACCAAAAAUGCAUUGUUCUGAUGUGUAUUGUCAUUUUGCUAUGCCCAAACAACUCAUGGUAGCUGUUGGCAUGAAGCAAGUAGAUUACUGGUUUUGUAUGACCGUACUGAUCAUUUUGUACAUUGCCCUCGAUACAGUCGCAUAUAUUAUACUACGGGUAAGGCUUAGAAAACGUAUAUAAUAAAUUAUAAUAAAUAAUUAAGCAAGACUGAUUACCAACAACUUGAAUUUAAGCAAUCAAACAAUAUGGACGUAAGAAUUAGAUUUAAUGCUUAUAAAAUGCAAUACAAUAUACUUACUUGUAUAAUA